UGUUCAUAACAGACAUAUCUUCUCUCCUUCUUCUUCUUCAUCAUCUCUCUUUCUCUCUCAUUAAACCUCCAUUUCUACUCAAAUUCAGAGCUUAAAUCUAUCAAUUCCAAACAAAUGGGUAAUUUCUUUCUUCUACAUUCUCUCAUUCUCCUAUCUUUCACAACCCAUUUCUCCCAAUCCAUCAUAACCCACUGGCAAGACAUUCAAUCAUUAAAAGAACUCAAAAACUCAAUUCAACCCAACUCUCUCACUCCCGGUUCCUGUCUUUCUUCAUGGAAUUUCUCAUUCGAUCCCUGUCAAAAUCUCUUCUCCGACAAAUUCACCUGCGGUUUCCGUUGCGACAUCAUCAUCUCCGGCGAAACCCGAAUCACAGAAAUCUCCCUAGACCAAGCAGGUUACUCAGGUUCAAUCUCCAAUAUUUCAUGGAACUUUCCAUACCUUCAAAUUCUAGACCUUUCAAAUAAUCUCUUCUGGGGACCCAUUCCUGAUUCCCUAUCAAACCUAACCAAUCUCAAACGAAUCACAUUCUCUCAUAAUUUUCUAUCCGGGUCGCCGCCGAUCUCACUUGUUACUCUCUAUUCUCUUGAAGAACUUUACCUCGAUAACAACAAUCUCAAGGGAAUAUUUCCUCAACCAGCUCUCAACGGUCUCAUGAAUUUAAAAAGGCUCGAAAUUCAAGGGAAUCAACUCAACGGAAACUUCCCAAAUCUGGGUCAACUUUUGAAUCUCACAUUCAUUGAUGCAAGUGAUAACUCCAUCUCCGGCGAAGUUAACCCGGAAAAUCUUCCUCUAUCGUUGAUUGAACUCUCAAUGAGAAACAACCAUCUCGUCGGAACUAUUCCGGCUGUUUUUCCGGUGACUUUACAAGUACUUGAUUUAAGUCAUAACAAUUUAUCCGGGUCGGUUCCCUCUACUUUAUUCAACCACCCGAAUCUCCAACAGGUUACACUUUCAUUCAAUCAAUUGAAUUCAAUCCAAGACCCGGGUUAUUCGGGUCGGGGAAGUGGGUUGAUUGCGGUUGAUCUGAGUAAUAACCGAAUCAGAGGAUUCUUGCCGGCGUUCAUGGGAUUAAUGCCCAAGCUAUCGGCUUUGUCAAUGGAGAAUAAUUUGUUAUCGGGUUUGAUUCCGACCCAAUAUGCUUUAAAAGCGGUUUAUCCGGGUAAUGGGUUGGAACCGUUUGAGAGGUUGUUAUUGGGUGGGAAUUAUUUGUUCGGACCUAUUCCGGGUCCUUUGAUGAAGGUUAAAGAUCCGGGUUCGGUGACGGUUAAGUUGGCCGGAAACUGCUUGUACCGGUGUCCGGUCAAUUUGUUUUUUUGUGAAGGAGGGGAACAGAAGUCUUUAAUGGAGUGUAAGAGCUUUAAUCAUGUGAUUCCGUGAUGAAG